AUGGUAGGGAUAAAACUAUCGUCAAUUUUAAUUGUUGUUUUAAUGGUUUUCAGCACGCAAUUAGUUUACGGGCAGAUUAGUACAGCGUGUAGCGCGGCAAUGCUACGUAGCUUUAGCCCUUGCAUAAACUUCAUUAGCAAUGGUGGGAGCAAUAAUUCUUCACCAACUUCAGAUUGUUGCCAAUCUCUCAAGUAUGUCAUGAGCAAUGGCACAGAUUGCCUCUGCCUUAUUGUUACUGGAAACGUUCCUUUUCGCGUUCCCAUUAACAGGACUUUAGCUAUUUCCCUCCCUAAAGCUUGUAAAAUGGAUGGUGUCCCCGUUCAGUGCAAAGCUAGCUUAAGACCAACUAGGUCACUUCCAUCUCCUAGUCCUAAAGCUGCUAAAAAUGUUCCUCAACCAUACACACCUCCUCUAAGACCAGUGGCUAAUAAAAGACCAAAUUUAACACCACCUCCAAUAGACAUCUUUGGAGACCCUGAUACAAAUUUAGGAUUUAAGCCUAAUUUGAUACCAUCAGCAGCACAGAGUUCCCAGAGAUUUUCAGUUUUGGUUCUUCUAGCAGCCUGUGGGGUAAUGGCUUUGCAGUUCAACUGA